UAGUCAGAGAUCUGAUCCUCAAGAAGCCGUUGCAAGCACGACUCAGGAUGAAGCCAGGGUGACCACAGGCAAUGAAGAGCCUAAGCAAUCUGAGGUGGCUAAGAAAUUGAUUAAAAAGUCACAGUCUGAAGCCUUCUUGAAGAACAGGAUUAAGGAAAAUUAGAAAAUUAAAGAAGAAGGCCUUUUUGGAUAAACUGAAGCAUGAGGAGCAUGGAGGGAGUAUUAUGAAGUCAUUAGAAAAACAUGCUCAAAACUUUGAGAAGAAAAGAAAGGAAGAAUUGACCAAAAUAAUGACUGAGAAUCAAAAAAUCUUAGCUCGAUUAAAAUAACAGAAAAUCUUACCUCAACGUACAAAAGAUGAAACAAGAUUUCAAAAAGACUGAAGAAAUAAGUAGAAUGAUUUCGAAAAAUCACUAUGAAAUUGCCCAAAAAAUAGCUAAGAAGAACAAGAGUCAUAAGUCAAGAGUCAGGUAUAACAAGAGUCAGAACACCAACUCUUUGCCUAACAUUUCAAAGCAUGUGAAUAAGAAAAGUGUUGACAUGGGCUUCUCAAAGGAUAACCUAAAGGAUGAGAAACAGGAAGAGCCUGUCAAAAUGGAAAAUCUUGAAGUUGAAGCUCCUCCUGAAGUGAUGCAGAGUGAUAGAUAUCAUAAGAAUCCCCAGACUACAAGGGCAAGCAUAAAUUUGUCACCUAUGAAGGUGAAAGAUUCCUUAAAGAAUGCAAGCAUGCCUGCUAAGAGAAAAGUUAUAUACCUGAAACCUCAUAAGUUGAAUAAGAAAGAAUUCUUGAUUGAGAUCAGCAAAGCAAAGGCAAAGUAUUAUAUCGUCGCCUUAAGGAUUAAUAAAUCCCAAACUCAGCAAAUCAUUGAGGUCCAUUCCAAGAAAGCAAAGAAAAUGAUCAAGAAUGCUGGAGGAAUUCAAGGUCUUGUCCAACACUUAGGUCUCAAGUUUGGCAAAGUUGUUAUAGAGAAUAUGGAUAGACUUCUCACUCACCCGGUUGGUCUCAACCAAGACACUGAGCAUGACCAGACAUAUGAUGAACCAGGUGAACCUCAUGCUAACGAAAAUAUUGAAAUCCAAGAUCCACAGCAAACUGAGACACCUGAGAAGCCAGUUCCCUGUGAUAGUAACCAAGAAUCCGCUACCAAGGAAUCUCCGGCUGCUGCUCCAAAUAAGGAGGAGGGAGAAGAAGAUGAUUUUGAUAAAGCUCAGAAUAUACCGGCUACAUAACUUUUAUAAAAUUCAUAGAAUCU